GAAGCGAAGCGGGACAGACCCUUUUCGCGUGAGUCGUGGUAUUGGGUCGACUUUACCUUGCUUCAUACGCGAUUCAACCUGAAGGUCCCAAAAACAGCGAAGUACUAGAGAAGGCCAAGUGGACCCUGCGUCUGAGCUGCAAGACGUCACUCUUGAGCCGCCAAGCCAGCUCUGUAAAAACCCUCCCGCAUUUAUCAUCUCGCUGCGGCAUCACGACGUCGAUCUCGUCCACCGAGAAAAUCAUCUUUAUUGUGCGCGUCGACGACUGGACGCUCGCCAGCCAACGCACGAGAUAGGGACCGGCUCCUCGAAGUUGGGAAUUCAGACGAUACGUCGCAUGCGUUCGCGUCCAGUCGCCUCGAUCGUCGGUUCACCCACGACUCGCACGAAUUGACCCCUCGACACCAACAUAGAGGACCUCAGACCGGGGUCGAGCGUCACCAUGGCGCUGGCGACAAUGGAGCUGAGCAAUGACGCCCGUGGGUGGAUCAUGUGUAUCAUCAGCGGAAUUGCUUGCGUUUUUGGAGCCGCCAUCAUCUGUGUCGAUGCGCUUGUACGACUCUUUCCGGGCAAGCAUAACUUUCGCAUAGCGGAGAGCAACGUCUUCUUGGCCGCGUCCCUCAGCCUGAGCUUCGGUGUCAUGCUCUUUUCAGCGAUAUACAGCAUGCUACCAGAGGCCAAGGACUAUCUCAAAAAGGACAACUGGUCGGAUCAGAAUGCGGGACUCGUCAUGAUGGGCGGAUUCGUGGUGGGCUUCUUUGGCAUCCAGAUCAUCUCCCGCCUGGUGCACCAGUACAUGCCGUCGCAUGUCGUCGACUGCGACCACACCCACGAGGAGUCGCACCAGCACGACCAGCACGACCAUCACUCAAACGAGCGCAGCAGCAGACACCGUUCACGUACGAGCCACGCCCGGCGCCGAAGUUCUCACACGCGUUCGCCCCAAGAUCCCGACCGUAAAACGGCGGAAAUCGCCGAAAACGGCAACGCAGCAUCAGAAUCGACGCCCCUGCUCGGGAACGGCGCCCCCAAAUUGACAUCCCAGCAGAGCGAUAGUGCUGUCCUGCAGCGUAACCAGACCGUCGACUCUGCGCAUGCGACCCGACCUCGGAUAGCCAACGACCCAGCCAACCUGAGAAGUCGACCGAGCAUGCUCCAGGUGCAGGAUAGGGUCAUGUCCUUUGUCAAGGACACCAAGCGUGAUUGUGAUGCGGGAGGCUCAUGCUACGGCUACUCGGACCCCUGUGGCCAAGAAUGCUUCAAGCAUUUGGGCAAUCGAUCCUCCAUAGCACCUCGACAUGGCAGUUUGAUUAGAACCACGACUGGGCCAUUCUAUCCAGCCUCGGGAUCAGCGUUGCAUGGAGUACAGCGCAGUCGAUCGCGAGACGUCACUCACGGUCCCAAUGCGCCGAGGACCCUCGUCAGCCGAGCGACAUCGCGGGAACCCCUCAGUCCGACAGGGGAGGAGGACGCAGACCAGGAAUACCAAAUGGGAGAGGACUCGUCACUGACCAGCAGCGAUGUUGAGGCAGACGCCGAAUCGCAGCACCACCAUCAUGUACCUGAAAACGCCUUUCUCUCCAUCGGUCUCCAGACGUCAAUAGCUAUCGCCCUUCACAAAUUCCCCGAAGGGUUCAUCACCUACGCCACCAAUCACGCCAACCCAUCUCUGGGCUUCAACGUGUUCAUGGCCCUCUUUGUGCACAACAUCUCCGAGGGGUUCGCCAUGUGUCUUCCCCUCUACAUGGCCCUCGGCUCCCGCUGGAAGGCCAUGCUCUGGUCCGCCAUGCUGGGCGGUCUGUCGCAGCCGCUGGGCGCGGCCAUUGCUGUCCUCUUGUUCAAGGUGGCGAGCCACACCAACAUUCAGCCGAACGCGGUGGCGUAUGCGUGCCUCUUUGCCAUUACGGCUGGCAUCAUGGUCAGCGUGGCGCUGCAGCUGUUUGUGGAGAGUUUGAGCCUCAACCAUAACCGCAACCUCUGUAUUUUCUUUGGAUUCACGGGCAUGGCAAUUCUUGGAUUCAGCAACGCCUUGUUUGGUGGGCACUAGACUAAAUGGUCUCGGGUUGGAUAUCGGCAUUUUGGGCAGGCUGGGUUAUAAAAGAGCUCAAGAGGGUGAUUUCAUGGCGUUUGGCGUAUGUACCUGGAUACAUAAAUAUCACUAGAGAAGAAUGCACUUAUUGUAGAGACGACUU